GGCGACAGUCGUCUCGCAGCAUCCCCCAAACGCACUCCUCCGGUGGUGGUCUCGCUCCGACGUUCGUCCGUCCCGAGGUACACACGGCCUAGCUAACCGUCCGUAUCGUUACGCUGCGUUCAGACAAUUUCAAAUUGUAACUGUAGAAUGAAUCUGUUUAAUUUGAAUAAUAACGGAUUAAUCAUUCGGCGGUGGCGGCGGCGGCUGGGGAAGGUCGCAGUAGGGAUUUUCAAAAGUUACGCUCCAGCGGUCGUCCUCGGGCAAUCGAUAAUGCCGGUCGGAGGAAGAGUGGCCGGCAAAGGUGUCGGCGUACACAAUUCGGGUGGAUCUAGCGACGGGCACGCGUCCGGUGGUUUCAACGAGGAAGUCAUAUGGAUCAGCAUUGGCAUGAGCAUAGCCAUCGUCAUACUUAUAACGAUAGCUCUGUGCUAUUUGGCUCGGCAACGGUGCAAGAAGAGACAGGAGAUAAGCGUACGCACUUAACACGGAAAAUGUGAAAACACAUUCAUCAUACACAUACCUAAUCAUACCUACAACGACCACCUAAAUACGAGUUCGUUGCUCGGACUGCGUUCACAACGUUUAUGUAAUUUAAACUACCCCACUCUCGUUGUCAUAACUUUAUUAUUAUUAGUAGUAGAAGUUGUAGUAUAUGUUAUUAUUGUCAAUAUUAUAAUUAUUUCUAUAUUGUUAUUAUUAAUUUUAUUUUUAAUAUCGUAGUCAUGUAUUGAAUGUGUGUCCGUGUAGGAACAACUGUAUUUUUUGUCGUCCCUUACUUCUGGCGAUCACCCGAUACGUGUCUGAACGUCCCCCCUCCAGUGCCCUCAUGUCAUAAAUUGGCAUACUCAACUUAUACCGUCGAUUUCUCUCCCCCCCCCCCCCAUUCCAAAACAACUCCGUCUCACAGUCAUAACGUCAGAUUAAAUCACGUCAUGCGUAUAGUUAUACGUGGUGACUGAUUAACCCCAAGAGAACUGUCUUAAAUGCAAGUACAAGUCUCAACUCGUCACCUACUCCCCUCGUUCACACGGAGAUCCUCAGACGUUCUACGGCAGACACGCCAUUAUGCGUUCGUCAUUUGGUGCGUAUAAUAAUGUACAGGUAUACAUUUUACAAAACACUGAAAUAUAAUAAUAUAUUUGGUACUCGUUGUCACGUCGAUAUAGUACCUGAUAUUUAUUUUACAUAUUAUAUUAUUAUAUAUUCACCCGAAAACGUCACACGAAUCAUAAGACACAAAUUUAAUAUAAUGACAGUUAAAGUGAUUUUAUAUGUAUCUUCGUUCUUUCCAUAGAACCUAAUUAAUGAAAUAUAUCUAUUGUACCUACUAUGUAAUAUUGGCAUAUAGUUGUAAAUUGCAUACUGCGACGAGUGAAGACGCUGGCUGGGAUUAUUAUAAUAAUAUUGUAUGUCAUGAGUUUCUUUUUGGAUUAUGUUAUAAUAAUAUGUAUGCAGAAAACGAAAAUCGAGUCGCCGAAAAAUCAUUAUAAUUUCAGACUACCACGAUACGGUCGUCGUCGUCGUUGCGUGAAAGUUUUGACGAUUACAAUAGACCAAUUAAUAAUAAAAUAUUUUACUGUAAAAAAUUGUCACCAUUACUGCUGUGAUGAUUGAUUUCAUUUUUAUUUAUGCCUAAUAAUUCACAUUAUUCAAUUAACGAUUAUUAUAUUUUACUUAUUGAAAUCCUGAAACUCCUGUGGCGUUACUCCACGUGAUUGUAUUUAAUAUAUUUAUGUAACAAUAAUAAUAAUAUGUUUUCGCAUCGCCAAAAACGAUUUAUAAAUGUAUUACAAUAGUAUAUUAAUAGCAUUAGGUAACAAAAAAAAUUCAUGUCAUUCAAUCGACGUAGAAAUGUAAGCGAAUCAAUGUUAUACUAUUAUCUCCAUGUAAUCAAAUUCUAAAUCAUAAUAAUAUUAAAUUAAAUUAUUAUAUAUUAUAAUUAUUGCCUGUUUGCUACAUAUUUUAUAUCCACGCAAGUGAAUUAUAUUAAAUGUGUACAAUAUACAUGUACCAAUCCACCGAUAAUACUUUAUGUUUAUCCAGAUCUUAAUGUAAGUUGUAAAUCGCAAAAUCAAAGCAUAUUUUAAAAGUUUCUUCGAAGUUUCUUUCAAUAGGUAAUUCCAAAAUCUCUUUAAAAAAAUUGAAAAAUAAAAAAAAUGCUUUAAAAAAAUUAGUUUAAUUUAUAAAAUACAAUGUACUUACUAGUAUAUUAUGAUAAGAGUGAAAAACGCAUCCAAGCAUAAAAUGUAUCGUAGGUACGCAAUAGUUUAUAUACUUUAUACAGCAACAUGUGAAUGUAAUAU